AUGGCAGAGCAGUGGAGCGAUGGAGUCUAUGCUGCGAGGAGAAGGGGAGAUGAGUCCACAAGGGAAGCAAUGUUCACCUACACAAAUUCAAACAAUACUAAAGAUCCAUUUGAGGGACCUAACUACCACAUUGCCCCACGAUGGGUCUACAACGUUUCUACAUGUUGGAUGAUCUUUGUGGUCAUUGCCUCUGUUUUCACCAACGGCCUGGUGCUGGUGGCUACAGCAAAGUUCAAGAAGCUCCGUCACCCUCUCAACUGGAUUUUGGUCAAUCUGGCUAUUGCCGAUCUUGGGGAGACAGUCUUAGCCAGCUCCAUUAGUGUGAUUAACCAGAUAUUCGGUUACUUCAUCCUGGGACACCCCAUGUGUGUUUUCGAGGGCUACACUGUGUCUGUCUGUGGUAUUGCUGCUCUGUGGUCCCUGACUGUUAUCUCUUGGGAGAGAUGGGUGGUUGUGUGCAAACCCUUUGGAAAUGUCAAGUUUGAUGCCAAAUGGGCCACUGGUGGAAUUGUUUUCUCAUGGGUGUGGGCAGCAGUCUGGUGCGCACCUCCCAUCUUUGGGUGGAGCAGGUAUUGGCCUCAUGGCCUGAAGACCUCCUGUGGACCUGAUGUGUUCAGUGGAAGCGAAGACCCUGGAGUCCAGUCCUACAUGAUUGUCCUGAUGCUCACCUGCUGUAUUCUUCCCCUGCUCGUCAUCAUCCUCUGCUACAUUGCUGUCUGGCUCGCCAUCCGCGCUGUAGCUGCACAGCAGAAGGAUUCUGAGUCAACACAGAAGGCCGAGAAGGAAGUGUCCAGGAUGGUGGUUGUCAUGAUCCUUGCCUUCUGCCUCUGCUGGGGACCAUACACAGUCUUUGCCUGCUUCGCUGCAGCUAACCCAGGAUACGCAUUCCAUCCCUUAGCGGCAGCCAUGCCUGCCUACAUGGCCAAGAGCGCCACCAUCUACAACCCCAUUAUCUAUGUCUUCAUGAACCGACAGUUCCGUGUAUGCAUCAUGCAGCUCUUUGGCAAGGCGGUUGAUGAUGGAUCUGAAGUCUCCACAUCCAAAACAGAAGUCUCUUCUGUGGCACCUGCAUAA